AUGACUAGCUCUCCCAGUACCAGCAAGGGCCAAUACCUCCAUGGCCCCCAGCAGCUGCGUCUGGAGGCGCGGCCGAUGUCCUCUAUUCGGCCGUCAGAUGUGAGAAUUCGCGUCCGGUCAACGACUUUGUGCGGCUCCGAUGUGCAUUAUUUCAAGUUCCACAGAAAUGGCUCAAUCGAAGUAAAAGAGCCCUUGUGCGGUGGGCAUGAAGCAGCCGGUGAGGUGGUGGAAGUAGGUCCGACAGUUCUGAAGACUCAAGCAAUCAAAGUAGGUGAUACAGUGGCGAUCGAAAGCGGUGUUGCCUGUUUGGAAUGCGACAAAUGCAGAUCUGGCCGAUACAACAUUUGCGCCAAAAUGCGCUUCCGAAGCAGUGGAGCAUCAUUUCCCCAUUUCCAAGGGACACUCCAAGAAUACAUCGACCACCCCGCAGAGUGGUGUCAUAAGUUGCCCGACGCACUCUCAUAUGACGAUGGUGCUCUGCUGGAACCUUUAUCCGUGUGCAUCCAUUCUGUCAACAGAGCCGGUGUGGACCAGGGAGCGCGCUGCGUGGUUUUUGGGGCUGGGGCAGUCGGUCUUUUGUGCGCCGCGGUUGCAAAAAUCGAACAUAAAUGUCGUGUGGUGAUUACUGACGUUGACGAAGGUCGGGUUGCAUUCGCACUGGAGCAUGGCUUUGCAGAUGUAGGAUUUGUGGUCGUCCCGAAGAAAGCGGAUACCAUCGACAGCCGCCUUGCCAUUGCGAGGGAUCUAGCUCUGGAGAUUGGGAAACUGAAAUGGCCAGGAGGUGAAGAUGUGGGCCGGGUUGACCAUGUUUUUGAGUGUACAGGAGUUGAGAGUUGCGUGCAGACGUCGAUCUAUGCAACCGAAAACGGCGGCAAUGUUGUGCUUGUGGGAAUGGGAACUGCUAUCCAAACAUGGCCAGUCGCAGAGCUCACUGGCCGUGAGAUCAAUGUGGUGUCAGUGUGGCGCUACGUGAAUUGCUAUCCUCGAGCAAUUGAGAUAAUGAACGCUGUGAAGUCACACGCCCUCAAGCCAGACGUGACAAAACUCAUCACGCAUCGGUAUUCCGGGCUCGAGUCUGUCCCACAUGCAUACGACACUGCCAGUAAGACACGAGACGCAGAGUCUAAGCUGGUUAUCAAGACAGUCGUUAAUCUCUGA